GCGGCGCGGCCCCGCCCGCCCCCCGCCGGCAGCUCCGCACCCGGGCGGCGGCGGCCCCGUGCCGUGCCGUGCCGUGCCGUGCCGUGCGGCGGCCGCGGCCCGUGUGCGCCUCUCGCCGGCGGUGCGGCCGGCUGCCAGCCCCCGGGGGAGGGGAGCGGAGCGGAGCGGAGCGGAGCGGAGGGGAGGGGAGGGGGUCCGCAUCCUCCUGCGUCCUCCUCACCUCGGCGGCGAGCGCCCCCGCUCCCCUCCCCCGCCCACACACACGCGCGCGCGGGGAGAGGGAGGGAGGGAGGGAGGGAAGGGGAGAGGGCGAGCGGCUCCCCGGCUCCCUCCCUGCCGCCCGCCCUCCGCGGCAGGCAGACGGACGGCGCGCAGCGCGCCGGCGGAGGAGGGCGACCACCGCGCACACACGCACACACGCACACACACACUCCCUCGGUGCCUGCUCCUUCCUCGCCCCCCGCCGCCUCCCCCGCCCCUCCUCCUCCUUUCUCUGCAACAAGAGAGAGCGGAGGAGAGAGAGAGAGAGGGAGAGGGAGAAAAAAAAAGCCACUUACAGGGACUGAUGUGCAACUAAUUAAAGGCAGACAGGCUGGUAGCGUCUGCAAAUUCAAGCCCCCCCAAAUAAAGAGCCUGUUGUGACAGCUCCCGGGAGAAUGCGAGCAGAGGAGGCUGCCCGGCACCUCGCCGUCCGCGGAAAUGCGCCCUAAGGAGGAUUAAACACCCCCUCCCUCCCCUCUCCUCCUCCCCUCCCCCCCGCCGGCCCGGCCCGGCCCGGCCCGGCCCCCCCUGCCCCCCGCGGCCACCAUGAACACCAACGUGUGCGUGGAGAGCGGCCCCAACCCCGAGGCGCCGGGGCUGCCCAAGGACAGCCACCUGCCGGAGGGGGCCCUCAACAGCCUUGUGGAUUACAACUCGGAGAUGGAGAGGUACCGCUCCUUCGCCACCUUCUACAAGACCAACGGCGGCGCCUUCCCGCAGGCGGCCAAGAUCGCCCGCAUCACCACCCCCAUCUUCCCCAGCGCCGCCGCCGCCGCCGCCGCCCGCAUCGGCAUGUCCCCCUGGAACUGCGACACCGCCACGGCCGCCGCCGCCACCGCCAUGCUCUGGGGCAGCGGCGGCGGCGGCGGCGCGGCCGGCGGCGCGAGGAAGCCCUCCUCCGCGGCCGCCGCCGCCUCCGCCUCCGCGGCCGCCGCCGCCUCCUCGCUGCACGCCGGCAGGGGCAGCAUGCACCACCGGAGCGACUCGCAGCGGCUGGGCAAGCCGGGCUGCGCGCCGGCCGAGCAGCCCGCGCUGCCCAUGGCCAACAACAACUUCCUCUCCACGCUGGCGCCCGAGCACUGCAGGCCGCUGGCCGGCGAGUGCAUGAACAAGCUCAAGUGCGGCGCCGCCGAAGCGGAGAUCAUGAACCUGCCCGAGCGCGUCGGCACCUUCUCGGCCAUCCCGGCGCUGGGCGGCCUCUCGCUGCCGCCGGGGGUCAUCGUCAUGACGGCGCUGCACUCCCCCGCCGCCGCCUCCGCCGCCGUCACAGACAGCGCCUUCCAGAUCGCCAACCUGGCGGACUGCCCGCAGAGCCACGCCUCGGCCUCGCCCGCCUCCGCCCUGGGCGCCGCCGCCGCCGCCGCGGGGGGCGCCGGAGGCGGCGGCGGAGGCGGCGGCGGCGGCGGCGGGGGGGCCGGCGGCGGCGGAGGAGGCGGCGGCGGCGGGGGGGCCGGGGCGGGCAACCCCGCCAAGAAGAAGCGGAAACGGUGCGGGGUGUGCGUGCCCUGCAAGCGGCUCAUCAACUGUGGAGUCUGCAGCAGUUGCAGGAACCGCAAAACGGGACACCAGAUCUGCAAAUUUAGGAAAUGUGAAGAGCUUAAGAAAAAACCUGGCACUUCGCUAGAGGUCAGAGGCGAUGAUUUCUUUUUCCCCAGCCUCCCUCCGUCCCUCCUCAACCCCCUGCCCCCGCCCCUCCAGUGCUUCUUGUCUAGCUUCAAGAUGCAGCAUCCCUUUUCCGAGGCCUCCUUCAGGCUGUGAGGCUGCGGCCGCCCGCCCCGCCGCGACGCCACGGUGCGGGGCCCGGGCAGCGGCGGCCCCGGCCCUCCCGGGCGGCCGCCCGCCGGCGUCACUGCUGCGCGCCCGAUGGGACCGGUGGCUUUCCUUUCGCCUUUCUUCUCUCUCUCUUUUUUUUUUAAUUAUUACUAUUAUUUUUUUCCAUGAUGCUCUGGGGUGGUUUUUAAGGGCUGGGGAGGUGGGGAGCGGUUAGCUGAAUUGCCUGACUUCAGUGGUCACAAGUUCAGGGGGAAGGCGGUAGCUAGCUAAUUUUCAGGUUGGCCUAUGGCAGUCUGAUCGAGCAAGACAACCGGUCGUAGAGCCCACGGUUGGCAGAACGUGCUGAAGUUAUCUUUUUGGCAAUAUAUUUUACAAAGUAACCCACUUACGGUGUGUAAAGUACAAUGGAAAAAUAGCACAGGUAUUACUGAACUGAUUUCUGACUGACUGAACUGUAUAUACAUUUAUUUUUACAAUGUGUCCUCAGAACUGACAAUGUAUUGAAUAUUGCAAAGAUGUAAAGACAGGUUUUCAAGUUUGCUAGACGUACAGAAGACAGGCAGGUAUGAUGUUACGGAAAUUUCAGUUGAUGUAUUGAGUACGACAGACAAUGGAAACAAAAAUACACAAAUACAAGUGAAACAGCUAUUGGUUGAUAUCUUCAGGCGAAGGAAACAAGCACGAGGAAAGAGUAGUAAUCAUACUUAAUCCCUUGUCAUUAUUAAAAUUAUAGUGUUGCUGGUUAGAUGCACAUAUCAGAUGUGUCUGAAGGUGUCGAGGAUGAUGGAUUUAGUACAGAAGAGUAGUGUAUAUUGGGUGACAUCAAGAUUUGUAGUCACAGAAAUUAGCAACUAAGUGAGAAAUUACAACUUCCCUCUGUGUGCGUGCGCGCGUGCGUGUGUGUGUGUUGUGGUUUCUUUCCUCAAUCAUUGCAUGCAGGAGUUGUCUCUCUCUAAGGAGAGGUGGGAUGAGGGAUUCAAGGGAGAAAGCAACAAGGAGAACCCACUGAUUUGUUUCGCGUUAAAUAAAUGGAGAUAAUGGCAUUGAUACUGAUACUGCCGUGGGACAAAAGCAACGGUUGGGUUUUUGGUCGAUAUUUGGCUGAUACCAUUAACUGUUUUGUAGCCAGACUCAUCAAAAUACCCAAUUAAUCCCUCCUUGCAAGAGUGAACUAUCCUUGCUGAAGUUUGAUUUGUAGCUCUUUCUUUCUUAUGCAUCAUCUUAGCUGUUUUUUGUGAAUGUAUGAUGGCCCAGCAUCGCCAGUGCAGCAGCCGGCAUGGACUUUUCAGGUGCUAGAAACUAGACUUUUUUUAACUGUUGUUCUUGUCAGUAAUACACCAUUGCUGAUUUCGUAGAAAGUUUGCAGAGAAGAUACAGAAUACCCCGGUCUUUUAGUGAUGGACCUUAAUACCAAAGUACAGCCUAGAAGAGACUUCUCAAAAAGGGCAUCGUGGCAAAUCCCCCAGCCAGCACCACGCGACGUAGGGGGCUGCCUUUUGUGCACCAAGUCCUCGCGUUAGGCCUACGAAACCAGGGUGCUGCUGUGAUUUAAGGCUUAUGAUAAAUGAUAGAUCCUGAUGGAUUAUCGAUUUGUGCAGAAAGUGAGCUAUCUCCAGAAGAAACUAAUUUAUAUGUUAUCAGAUCUUUCUGUGAGUUCAUGUGCCUCUCUGAGCACGUUUCCAGAACUUCCUCGCUCCUGACAGAGGUGCUCUACAGCCUUAAAAAUUGUUCAGGCAUGUUAUGAGAAUGCCGCCCGUUGAAAUUGUUUAACCGCUGUGACUAGUAAAACUGUGGUUUUAUUAGCCACUCGUGUACUCUCGUAACCACCUGCCUUCACUUCUUUUCUUCCUUCUCUCUCAUUCUCCUCUUCGUGCUCUAGCAGAUACAUAAAGACAAAAACUCCUCUGCUGCUGUACUGCGACUUGAAGGAAACAGGUUUCUGUUUCCCGCUGUAGAGCUAGCAGUAGGACAUCACUUCUCUGCAGGUCGUGGCUGGUCACAGAGUAUGUCAUGGGAUGUGGCUAGUAUCUUUACAGGUGCCUUAUUUGCCAGUAGGAAAGGAAGAGUUCCCAAACUGAGUAACUUUCUGUUAUGGUCGUUAUUCUCAUUUCUUCUUGUUUCUCUCUCUCUUUUUUUUUUCUUUUAAUUAAAUAAUAAUAAAGAGUGACAGCAUGACUGCCUAGAGCACAUGUGCAGCAACACUGUGCUGGCUGUAAGGCAACCAGCUGGAAGCAUGUCAGAGAGUGACAGGGCCUACAUGGCUGAACUGAAGCAGCAGCAGUGGUUGCAGGUGGGUGAGAGCAGUCUCCCUGCUGAACUAGCUUCUCAGGCUCGUUUGUCUUACAGGCUUUGGGAAUCCACAGAUCUCCUUAGGUGAUCCCACGUGACCUAGAUAGGCAUGUUCCCAAGGAAGUGCAGCAAGAAGCAAGGGGCUCAAUGGGCCAUUAUAUCUUUAUAUAAUCUAUGAAUUGCGCUCGGCAUUGGCUAUGAAUGGUGAAAAUGACUAAAGCCAGGAGGUGAAACUGUGUUUAAAAGCAAAAUAAACAAAUAAUGAGAAUAAUAAUAAACAGUAAACUGGUUGAUCCCACUGAAAUUCUCUCUCUCUUUUUCCUUUUAAAUCUGUUCUUCUCCUGGUGCAAUGAAGGCAUAUGAUAGAACUCUCAAGGUUAGUACGCUGAGUUUAAGACAGAUUCACAUUAAUGCUUUCAAGUUCCUGACCUUCACAUCUUUAAUGGAAAGCUUCCCUCCCAGCAUUUUUUUAAACACUUGAAUUAAUUUUUCCUAUUUUUCUUGUAAUAUUUUUACCUUAAAAGUGUCCCAAUGCUCUAGUAUUUUACAUAGAAUGUUAUUAUUACUAGGAAAUUUUAUGUACGGUAAUAAUAAAUCUAUAAAAAUAAGAUUGACGUCACAUUGCACGCUGCCUACUCGUAUAUGUAUAUUCUGUGUUCGUUCAGAUUUACAGUUGGUUUAAAGAGACAUAAUCUUUAUUUACCCAUAGAGACUACUUAUUUCCCUCUGAUUGGUGUACGUUUAUGUAACUUCUGCAGCAGGUUAUGAAGAUUAGGAACCCGAUCUUACUUUACAUUCCUCUCUCUUUGAAGCAAAUCAUCCUCAUUUAGUGUAUGCUUGUACUGAUUUCAGUUGCCCUGCUUCUCGGUUUCAGGAGGAUGAUAGCAAAACCAGGCAGAGGGGCUAACUCAUAUCAGCAAGGUCUGAAGGAUUCAACUCAGAUGUGUAAGAUCUUUUGAUGCUUGGGCAUGCUGUCGUAGUAGUCAGCGCCACUGGCUUUAUUUGUAACUGCCUUGCUAAUUAAUACGGGCGCUAUUAAAGUAAACAUUUGUAUACGGAGCUGAAAUAGUAAAUACCAACAUCUGAAUCUGAGGCACCUCACUGAGCUCUGUUUCAAGUCAGUGGGAGUUUGAGAUCGCCUUCACCAGGGAUGGGGCUCUGAUGAUUGAUUUCAGCAGAAACGGCGUCUGAUCCUGGAAGUCUUACCGCCAUAUGGCAUUGCCACGAGGGAGGGAGGCUGUGCUGGCAACCGCAGAAUGUGCACGUCGUGUUUUGGUAGUACAUGUGAACACUGUUAAGGGAACGCUGCUGAGCUCUGUGGAUAGGGGUCAAUUAGCAGGGGCCUCCGAGGAAGCAAUUUCCCUUCCGCCUCUCUUGCUUUGAAUUACAUGCAUAAGUUAAGUGACUACAUGAUGGGAUUGAGUAGCGCGAGGAGGUUCGGAAAAAGUUGAUAAGGAGCAGGCAGCUAACCUGAUCCAAGUGGCUAGCUGCAAGGUCAAAGGAAAGACCACCUCGUAGUCUGCGUUGCCGUUCUUCACUGAAAUGUGACUUUCUGGCAGCACUUCUUGCCUCCCUGCUGCUGCCUCAUGGCCCUCCGCUUGUGUGAGGGUCUGCAAAAAGGCAGUUCCUGCCCCCAGGCUUUUACGGCUGAAGCAAGAACAGCAGUCUGCUCCCUGUGCAGUUCAAGCUGGGUACCGGCUGUAAAGCCCUGAUGGGUCCCGAAUGCUGUUUUCUUCCUUCUUGUCCAUGUGUGUGCCUCUUGCACCCUUCCAGGAUGCGCCUGUUUUCUUCUGUUUCCAGGACUGAACUGGAGGUAAAGAGAUGCGUUCUCGAUAGCGAGUCCUUGGCGCUGGAAUUCGCUUCUCACAGCGCGCGCAGGUGUGACUGUGCGUGGCAACUCCGCUGCGCUGUCUCUCUGGUUUCAAAAACGGCACACGUUCUUGCGGUGACGGUGUUGACAGUGAGGGGAGGAGACAAGAGGCAGGGAGAGAUUUGACUUUCGUUGAGCAUUUGCGACAGUUUCUGUCACGUUCAUCCAGAUUUUACAUUUCUGAGAUAAACAUACAUUCAGCAGCGAGUCUUCCUUUUGACCCCGGCAGUUUUUGGGGAUGACAUGUAACACAAGGGCUCCUUCUCCCACCUCUGGCAGAGGCCAGAGCAGCUGCAGGCAUCUUUGCUCGCUGUGUCCUCAUCUCCAUAGCUUGGAAGUGUCAUUGAAGCUAUUUGACCUUCUGCUUUAAGAUCAAAUCCCACAAGGUGAGAAUGUCUUCAUAUUACAGUGAAGUUGGUGGGAGACAUGGUGUUGGGGAAGACGCUGAGAGCCCUGCAGAGCUGGGCUUUUGCUCUCCGUACGGUUCUGGUGAAUUACUGAGCGAGGAAAACUAGUGGCAGGGUGAAAAGCCUAGUGCAACUCCGAAGCAGAGCUGGAUGUAGUCUAUUUUCCUGUUUCAUGUUUUGUUGUUCCCUCUUCUUCAUGUGAUAUUUAAAAGGCAAAGAGACUGCCAAAAACAUAAUAUCUGUGUUCAAACUAGAAUAUACAUUAUAUAAACUACUGUUUAUAUAGUGCAACGGCAUUUGUAUUUUGUAAAAGCGGGACAAAUUCACAACAUGUUUUCUUCAAAUGAAGCUUCUCUCACCUAAAGAAAUCUCAUAGUGGUGAGAUUUGGUACUGAACUGAACCAAACUUUCAGGAAUUCAGCAAAAAUUAUAGAGCAGUCAAGGGUUUAACAGCCUCAUUCAUAGAAACACUACUUUCUGCUUGCAUUGAAAAUUGCUCGCUUUAAAUCAUUGAACUCUGAUUGUUUGCCAGUGAAAUUGUCCGUAUGGUAAGAGAGGUUAACUGGUUAUGACAGCUCUAUGUCUUGAUUGCACUGAGUAGUUCUUUGUACAUUUUCCUAAAUACUAAUACAGGUUAUACAGUUGGGUAUCAGGAUUUUGCACCAGACUUUGGAGUUUACAGUCAAUUUUUUUUUACAAGUUGACAUGUUGAAAUCAAUGCGUAUUGUUUAGGCUGGACAAGUUGCAUGGGUCAUGAGAAAUAGGAUGAAUGCCGCCACAUUUUUUUCUGGGGCAGUAAUAAGCAUAAUGGCUGUAUUUUUUUCAAAUCAUCUGAGCAACUUUGGAAUUUGUAUUCCAGUUUGAGGUGCAUAGAAGUCAGUGGGACUUUGCCUCCUAUGUCAGCUUCAGCACUUUUGGAAAAUCUUACCCGUUCUGUGUUUGCACAAAAUGUCGUGGGCUGUACACCUCAUGCCUUAUUCAUAGAAGGGGUCUUGUUUAAGUUGGUAGUUUUGUGAAUAUCAUGUUAUAUCCUGCUGGCUUGGGGUGGCUAAUGGAGAGUAACAACUGAAGAGUGACAUUCUCAGUUUUAGUCUGCCUGUACAUGUAUUUUCCUACCGUUGUUUUAUUGGGCUACUUUCCAUGCAGUUCUGUUUGCUAGGUCAACAUCUCACGCCUUUACUGAAGUCAGGGAAGACUUUUCUUGAUUGGAGAAUGAAUUAAGAUGUCAGAUAGCGGUCCCUUUUGGAUAGCAACAUCCUGGUACUGCUGUAGGAAGCUUUUGGUUUUAGGAGAAAUGUGCUUUAGAGAGUUAAAUAGAAGAGAGAUAUUAGUUACUCUGUAUCAUACAAUUGAUGCGCAAGGGUGGCUGAGUCAAGAUCCUUUCCAAAUAUCUUUAAAAUGUGUCAACAAAAAGAAAACCAGCGGUCUUCAGACUCUUUACAUGUAUGUAUUUUAACGGUUAGGCUUGGUAAGUGAAAUAUUUCUAAGCAGGCAAACCUAGAAGGUGCACCUUAAAGUCUCAUCAAAUACUGCAUAAUCCUUUUGAUCACUGGUUGCGAUGUGAAGCGGCUGCGACUGUAUAGGGAAAGGUUUAGAGUAAGCUUUCCUGGUGUACCCCAGUGAGUUAGGAAAAUUAAGAACGUAACUCAGGUCUCCGUAAGUAAGUCUCUGGGACUUAGCCCCUAUUGCUAACAAUUCCUGUGUCACCUAUUAUGUGUUUAAAAAUCUCCCAGUGAUACCGUGUUUUCUGAGGAAUAAUACCAUCUGAAGAAAGUAUUUCUCUGUUUCUUUGGUGUCUGUAUUUUCUGAUAGCUCAUCUACUUUGAAUGAUCAUGCUCAACCACAAUGUCUUGAAGCAUGCGGUUUCGUUUGAUACUUUUUUGCUAUUUGGGAGCCCGGCCUGCUGCAUCUGUCUUUUCUCUUCUUUUGGGUACCUUUAUUGUUUUCCACAGUCAUAUCUUGUUCAGUCACCUCCAAACACCUGUCCUGAAAUUGAAUUACUCUGCGGUGUAAUCUAAAGUCUUCUCCCAUUUCAGCAUCCUAUGCUUUCUGUUGUUUGCUGAGUUAUGUUGCACCAUACUUCAGAUGCGACAGCCAUUUAAUAAUGUUGAAGCCUUAGCUCUGCAGGGGCUAAAAAGAUCCCAGCAGGCUUGUUAACUUCUACUCUCAGACAUUAUGGGAAAUAUUUUCUCCUCCCUGGAACUCCUAGGCUUCCUCUUAAUUAAGACCAUAAAAAUCCAUAGCCAGGUAUGUGUUAAGCCUAUUGAAUUUUUUGUAGUUGUCCAAAGUUUCUCCAUUUUUUCAUAUUUAGCCAGGUACUACAGUGCCAAGUGAAAUAGGAGAACUUAAAAGGAGUAAAGCCAGCCUGGGUCAUGCUGGAUACUGCAUUCUUAAUGAGCAGCAAACUCAUCAAAUCCCUUUUUAUUUAAUCACCAUGGAGUUUUAUUCUCUCCUCAGCUCCGCUUAGCAUUUUUCUUUAUUUCAGUCUUUGAAGCGUUGGACAUUUUAAAACUGUGCACCUCUCCUACCUCAGGACAGUAUUCCUCUCAGCUCCAGACUGCCUCGGCCCUGGACUGUGUUGUACUUCCAUAUAGGAUCCUUAUUAGCUGAUAUCAGCCAUCACUUGACUAAGAGUUAUUGGUAAAGGGAUGAAAGAGAUUUUUCAAAAAAGUAAAUUACUCAGUGAUUUAGAAAGUGGAGAAGCAGCAUUAGAAUUUGAGGUCAAGAGAGGAACUUAACAAACACUGGAAAAUUGUGAGUUCAGGACGGAUACCACUUAAAUGCGUGAGGCCAGAGGGGAAGGAAAGAACACCGCAGCAGCAAGCUCAAGCCGAGUAGGAAGCGCGAGAGGCUCCAGGCUGGCCGUGAUGUGCAAAGCCUCGGUGAGGGGGGGCCUGCUCCUCACGGCAGUGGCUCCGCGACCGUGGGGCAGAGCGACAAAGUACUGGAGAUGAUGCGCUGUCAGGGAGGGUAAAAUGGUAAUGCUGAAAAUGGCCGUGAGAUCACUGGUGGAGAGAAGAAAGCAGAAUACACACGUUGCUGUGGGCAGGAGGUCUGCCAUUAAUAGUUCAGGUAAGGUGGCUAAAGAGCUCAUCGGUAACUAUCUUCCCUGAGGAGAGGCCGAGUCUUUGUACACCGGAAGGGGACUUCGAAGAUGAUGAGCAGGGCUUUCCACAUGCCGUAGCUGAUAGUGAGAUCCAGUUUCUUUAAUUCAUUUUUUAAAUCGAGUAGAAUUUAUGGAGAGGUUCUGGAGACCGGGGUGAGCACGCGGCAUGGGAGGAGUUACAUGAUCCGAACACGUUGUUCAAAAGACAAGGAAACGAUGAAGGCAUACGUACUGUCAGGCUGACAAAUGUGGAAGAGGGAGGCGAUGCUAGCAAAUGAAGGACUGAAAAUGAUGAUUUGUUGCUUGAGGACUGCUGGGGCUUACAGGUGGGUGUCCUGGGGGUGGUGUAUAACGUGUCUUAGAGAAGCUGGAGUAUACUGACAUCUUGUUAAUCUGCACUCUGUUAACACAAAUAAUGUGUCCCAUCACCACAAAUGAGAUGCCCCAAGAUACAAAGGUGUUACAUCAGUUGUGGUUCGGUAACAUCCAUCCUUCUGCAGAUCCUAAGUGCUGGGUGGGGACACAGGCGUGGUGCACCAACCCCAACAGUUACGGGCUCAGAAAAGAGCUGAAGAGCUCUGCGCAUCUGUGUACAAAGUGCGGGAGGGCAAAGCGUGAUAAUCGUGGUGCAGUUAAAGAGGUCGGAAAUGGAAAAAGGGAAGCAGGGAGUAGAUUUUGUUAAAUGUAUGAUCUUCCAUGUGGGUGGUAUAGUCAAACAAAAGCCGUCGGUUUUAGAGUGAGUAAAAGAGGAGAAAAUAUAUUUGGAAGGGUGAUGGGUCCGAAUAGCUAGCCACCAGUGAGUGGAUGGGAAAGGGCUUGAUGACACAAGCUUAGUAAUGAAAUAAAACCUGUUCCCUCUAAAUCACCAGUUCAUCUCAGCCCUGGGAGGCAGUGAUCACAGUCGGCUGGUUGCUUGGAAGCUGAUGUAAAAUAAAUUGGAGGUCAAACUCCAACGGAGGUGACAGUGUCACAAAAAUAAUCACUGAGAUGAGUGUUAAUUGUCAUCCUUGAAAAUUUCAGAAGACGUACCAGGGAAUGAAUGGCGUUCAGAGCCAUUUACGGUCUUUAAUGUUUUCCCCUCCAGUGAGGGAUUGUGGUGACCUGCUGUACGGGGGGGGUGUUGGUGCUCCUCUCCUUGUACCCGGCCUGAGGAUACCCUGUGCUCACCGGCUCCUAGAGAGCCAAGCUGGCACCUGCAGUGAGUCUUAGGCAUUGACUGAAAAUACUGCCCGAGUCCAGGUAAUUUACUGAGUAUUGCAUUUGGGUAAAUAUACAUAUUUUUUGAAAGUCUUGAGGAAAAGAAAACAUGCAGAGGCCAAGCAUUUAAUGGGUGUAUUUUUCACUGGCUCUUUUAUCAGCAGCGUAUGAAAAAUCCCAAAGGAAAGAAGCAGUUAGCUAAUCAAUGAGGCAUCGUAGCCGGUUUUAGGUUCUACGUAGGAGAAAAAGAUGCUGAAGGCAGUGCAUCUCUGGAGGAAGGAGCUUUAAAUUUAGGUCUGGCACGGAGAACUGUGCCUCCGCUUUGUUUGGAGACCAGUCCAUAAGAGAUUACUGUACCCUGGAGCAGCAGUUUUGAGGAUGAUAGAGAUAUCAGACUUUGAGUGCAAAGACUUGUACCGCCGGAUGACGAACCAACAGGGAUUCCUCAUUAAUGGAAUGAAUGUUAACGAGAAUAAAUCUGUUUGUGAGCUUGUGUGUGUAGGGGGGAGAAUACAUGAUAGGGACUGAUGGAUGGUUUUCACAGGGGCUGGAUGAGAGAGCAGGUGGAUGAUGGUGUGUGUGGGAGAGGGAGGUCUAGGCACGUGUGUGCGUCCACUGCAGAGGAAGGCGCGUUUCUGGUUGAUACUGUCUGACGGAGGGAAGCCAGAAGGAGUAGCUAGGCAGGUCCUAGGCGAAAGCAGAAACUGAGCAGUGGUGUGGUUAUUUCAUUUUUAGUGUCCUUUGCAGUGCAGCAUUUUGAGUAUUAUGUUGCACGGUGGCAAUAAACCCACACCCAAAAAUUUCUCUGUGAAACUUUUCUCGGUGGCAGAGGUUCCUGCUUUAUGCUAAUAAAGCGUUUGGCUAUUUUAUACUAAUCCCCGCGGUGCGUACAAGACCGCUAAGUGACAGCUCUCGUGACCUGCUUAGCAUCAGUCCUGGCUCUGAAGUGGCGCUCUGUUUCAGAGCCCGCGCUAGCCUUUCCCCCGCCCCUAACAAGCAGGAGACGGGCCAGCCCUGCCUGCUGGGAGGCCGGGCACACUGAACCGACAGAAACACUCCUUCAUCCUCUUGGCAGCCUUCAGGCGCUGCUGGAACGCAAAUAGUAAAUAAAAAUAGCAGAAUCUUCACCAUCAGCUGAAUAGCCGCUGCAGAGGGCUUAGCAGCUCCAUCCUCAGGUAUAGACAUAGCUGAAAAACUGCAGGAAUUGAAAGAACGGCUUGAAAGGGAUACAGAAAGGGAAUACGAAACUUCGGUCGCUUCGGCAGCAGAAAUUACAGCCCCCUAACCUGAAAACCCAACCCCCUGGCGCCUCUCCCCUUCCACCUUCGCCAGAAGGCUGUUAAGAGCUCUGCCAGGGCCAGCGGAGAGGCGGCUGCGCGGUCGCGGGCGAGCAGAGGAGUCCCCGACGCGGCUCGCGGGGCGCUGCCAGCCCCGCGCGCGGGACGCCAGGCACGGCCAAGCCGGUGGCCAAGCCGGCCGCCCGCCUCGGGAGCCAGCGGCCGGCGGAGGUGGAGACUUGGCUCUGUCCCACGGCUUUCCAGCCAAAAGAGCUGCGCUGGCACACGGGAGGGAGCGUGCUGGAAAACGGCGGCGGCCAAUUACCCCCGGCCCUGGAAGGCGGAGAGGAGAUUUGUUCCUUCCCAGGGCUCGUCCUGCUUCCCGGAGUGAUGCUCGUGCAUGCCAGCCCUAACAGGAGGCAGCGCUUAGCGGCUCAGUCUGGCCCGCAGGGAUUUCGAGGCAGAUUGCAGCGCGUGUGCGCGGCCCGAGCUGUAGGCGCUCACCAACACGGAAAGUGGCUCCAUCACUAACAUUUCAUGGGACUGAACUAUUUUUCUUCGACAGUGUUAGUCGUGAUUCCUUACGAUUUCUGAUUUGUUUGCCAUCUGUUUUUCCCAAUGGUGUGAUGCAGUUUUUAGAUCAAAAAAGUGAAAUUGUUUACCCAUUCCUCAAAUUUAAUCUCGUAUAGAAAGUGAAAAAAAUUAAUAUAUAAAAUAAACGAUGAUGUGCACUGAAUGUAAAUGAGAGGUAUGUUUGGUUAUUCUUUCUCCUGUGGAGAAAUGCAUUAUUUCUCAAAUUAUUCCAAUUGAUUUGGUUGGGGAGCUACUGCCUGCUGCUGAUGGUGGGUCCAAGAGGAAGGAUCUGGCCCUGUAGGGACAGAUCUUUAUUUCUCCAGUUACCAUAGGCACAAAUCCUUUAUUCCCCAGCUAGUCUCACCGAAGUCUCUCGAGGUUGUUAGCUGAGUAAGUUAUUGGAGAGGAGCUGGGCUUUUUGUCCCCGAAUUAGUAGUUCAUUUUUUGAGUUUCUAUUUGUAGUAUCCCGUGGCGGAGGUUUACUUUUCACUUUGUGGAGUUGGCGGCAGAGAAAGUCAAACGAGUUUCCUAAUCUGGUAUGUUCUAAAUCUGGUUUGUGUCAAAUACAGCAUGAAAGAUAUGCAGUGCAAGCGGAAAAAUAACUGCCAGCAAACAGAUUCAUGUCCUCUCAGAGCAAAUAAAACUGACUUUAAAAUAAAUGUUAAAUCUCAUCCCUGGUAUGAAGGGACACAGGUCCGUAGCUCAGGUAUGGUAAGAGAUGUUUUAACUUGGGUUGUUAAACUCGCCACUGAAUUUCUGACCUGACGUCCUCAUCCCUUUUUAUCUCCUAAGCCCAAUAGUAAGCUGGUUAUUAGAGGAUAGCGGUACAGCGCGCUAACACAUCUGGUGAGCGGAAGGCAGCGUCCGUGGGUAGUCGGGGGUUUUGGCAGAGGCGAGGUGUGACAGCUUCAUGGACCGUUUCACACCUUGUCCAGAGCCUGCAGCACCUCUCCGUGGGCCUGAGGUUUUGUGGGAAGCUGCCAGGACAGAAAGGCGCCGACUGCUGCCACACGCCGAGCUCUCCCCGCACCAGCCGGUGCCUAGACGUGCUGCAGCCGUAAAGCUUGCGGGAGCAACACCUUGUCCCUGAGCAGCCGCAGGCGUCCCCCUCGGUGUCGGCACAGCUCGGUAGGACCUCCGCAGCCAGCCUACCUCGAGGGCAGGGAGAGGAGUGGCUGCGAGAAACGCGCUGUUCCCGGGAGCAGACAUCUCCCUUCCUUUCACAUUUCCAGGGUACAGAGGGUUGGGAAUUCACACGCUUUUUUCUGCCCCCAAGCCUGCUCGCCUGAAGAAAAACAUUCAAGAAAACUGUGUGAGCUGAAUUUGAGCGUUAGGAGCUUUUCCCCAAAGUCGAUGCUGUAGGUAAUGUAUAUUUAUGAGAAGAACAAAGUGGGCCAUAGAUAAUUUUAAAGGCUGCUUUCCUCUCAGGGAGGUUCAGCGUUUAAGCAAGGAGGAGGGGAGCUGCUAUCCAGACCACGGGCUGGCAGAGCAGGCUCCCAGAGGAAACUCGGCAUCCUUCGCGGUCUUGCAAAGCGCGGGUGUCACUCACCCGUCUCUGCGGGAGUACGACUGCCUCUGCCGCCCCUGCUCUGCGUGGGGUGGCGGUACCCGAGGGAGCGCGUUAGCGCGGGUCGGGAGAUGGUGUCCGUCUGUCGGGGUGCUGGAGCGUCUCCGUGAGAGAGACAGCCGCGGCGCAGUGACAAGGCUGCGCCUGUACCUGCGCGUGUGUGCCCUGGCGCCCAGCUGUGCUGGGGAAGGAUUUUUUCCUGAGAAGGAUUUUCACCUCUGUUAUCUGUAGCCACCUUGCCCCUAUGUUUCCUAGGAGAGCUGUAAGAAAAGGAAAAUGUGAAAGGAGAGCAGUUUUGGGCAGAAGGGGGAUUUGAGUACGGAAACUGAGUUUUGGAGCACAUGGAUCUGCACCAGACUCUGGACAGUUUCUGUACAAGCAGCAAUAUGUGCAUAUCAGACAUAACUUCCACUGGGAUCAAGCUGUCCCCUAAAUCAGCUUGCAGCGCUGGAAAUAUAGGGCCUGGCUUGGAGGAAGGGGCAGGACGUUUGCUAUCUCACUGUUGCGACUCUGCUCCUCUCAGAAAGUCUUGUGACUUUUAUGGGAUUGACUAGGUCUGUAGUCCACAUUCACAAGUGUGUAAGGGAAGUACCUAGUCAGGGGUUUAUGACUAGUGGUGCUCAGUGUCUGCUCUUGGGCUGCUGAUUGAUCCAAAUUGCAUUUUGUGCAGGGACCAAGACUUUCCAGUUGAACUUCUUUGCCAUCAUGUAGCACCAGAUUUCUCUGUCUCUGAUCAGACAUACACAGAACUUCGUGGGCCAAGUUUUAUGCCAUGUGUCCACUGGCCUAAGCUCCAAGUUGCACCUCUCGUGGAAGGGAUUUCAAGAAGGGAUCGUCCUCCAGCGUGAGAAACUCAAGAGUGUCUGUGGAGACGUUGUUAAGGUCAUUUUUCCCUAUGUGGCUGGCACCAGGCCAGCUGCUUUGGGAAAUACAGGAAAAUCCACCUGUUUCAACUGCAUUGCCAUUUGAGUUUGGGAUUCGUUAGGGAAGAAGUUCCUUCACUCCUGUCUGUCUUUGCAGUCACGUAGGUCUUUGUAAAGACGGUGUCAGGUAGCCCAGAUCUUCCUGAGCGUACCUCAGGUGCAAUGUACUUCCCAGAGGGCCUCUGUUGAGCUGGCUGGUUUCAGCCAGGGCUUCUGCAAAGGAAGGAGGAGUUCCAUAGCUGGGCUGUAACUGGCUCCAGCCAGCGUGCGAGUUUGCUUCUAUGAGAACAGGGUUUUUGCUCAUGGAUCAAACAUCAAAGGAUUCUUACAUAACGCACCAUCUUUAAACACUGGUAAAGUAUUAGGCCGUAAUCGUGUAGCGCUCUGCUAUAUUUUAUUAUUCUGUUUUAUUUACAAAUAUGGUUCACCUCUCCCCAAGUGAUUCCCUAGCCUUACAGAAAAUAAUAACAAAGAUGGUUCAUGCUGAGUCUUAUGUAUGCAGCUAUGAAUUUGGUCUGCAGUCCAAGCACCAGCAUCCGUAGCAGGAGCUGCCGGCUUUCCUGACUUCUGAUCUGCGUACCAAAUCUUCCAGGCAGCUGGCGAGCCGCGAGACUCAGCCGGCCGAGGAGAGGGGCGUCUCCAAAAAAUUUCGUAGGCAUGAGAUGACAGUGGCUCUCGUUGUUCCUCCACGCGAUGGGGCUGAGCUGGGCAAGCUGGUGGGCCUAAGGGUGACCCACUGGUGCUGGCUUCGGUAGCCCCACGGCCUGGCACCCAACAGCUUGCCAGCGUGGCCCCACGCAGUCAGUCUGUCGGUCACCCUGGUCUGUGGGAGACAUUAUACUUUAAUGAAUGCUUCUGCUGCAAAAAUACCGAGCUCAAAUGUCAAAAUGGAGUCUCUGGUGACAAAUUUGCAGCAUCUGUCAUUCUGCUGUUUUAACCUGUUGUAAGUGUGUGCACACAUGCACAUAUAUAAAGGGCCUGCUUUUGAGUUCCUGGGCCUUUUGCUGCUUGCCGUAACCAGAACAGAUACAUGUGUUUUGUCCACUACUGCUUUAUUUAAGGGUAUUUCACUGUUCUGUUGUGUUUGGUUGCUUUUUUUACCUUCUCAUGAAGCCAAAAAACAUAAUGGUCUUGGUUCUCUGUGUAAAGGUGAUUUUUCAGGAACACAGUUAAAAUAUAGCAUUUAAGAUGUUUGAGCUACUCCUUCUACUUCUGUAGCAAACUCCGUUUUCAGUGAAAGUUGGCAAGAAGAGAAACGGAAUAGGAAAUUUUGAGCUUGAAGGUCAUUUCAUAUCAGGUUGCGUAGGGAUAAAUUCUCGCGAACCCCGUGCUUUAUAGCCUUACCUGUUAGGAGCAGCCGGGGCUGCGGGUUUCGGAGUUUCCCCCGGGAGUGAGGCUGCUGUUUCUCAGUAUUUGCACCGGCAGGAGCGGUGAAGGCUGCCUUAACCAACGCUGAUCAGCUCCGGUUGUGCUGCUCCCCCCGCACCGCCCCCUUCCAGGGGAAUCUGUCUUCCCUGUCACUCAGGAUAAUGAUUUCCUGCAAGCCAAACCGAGAUCCAGAAAUGCGUCGUAAUCUCGUCGAGGGUUUGAUUCCCCAGCUGGGACUCUUGCGUUUAUACAGCCGGAAGGUAGAUGGUCAUUGCACUUAAGCUUAUACAUUGGUGUGCUGAGCCACUGAACGGGCUGAAAGAUCUCCUCUGGUCUUGAAAUAACCUUCAGUCUCGUAGUGGUAAAAUCAAAGGAUUUCAUCCCAUAAAUUGGUUAUGAUUUAACUUGAGCCACCUGUUCUAUUUUAAAAGCUUUUUGUUUAAGUGUGGAUUAAUAAUUCAUUCCCAAAUUGGGGGUUAGUGCAAUGGAUAUUUAAUUGUAAAUGUGUAUCUUUAAUUAGAACUUUGUAUGCGGAUACAAAAUUCCUUAUCUUGUAGUUUUUCCAAAGCACACGUAUUAAACCAGAGCUUUGCCCUUCAAAAAUAUCAUUCUGUGAAUUUAAAGGUCUGAAUGACCUUUUAAUCAGACGUUGCACCUUUACUUCCAGCUGAUAUGACAAUAUCUGACAGUAAGUCAGCCUGACGCUGCAAGAAAAUAAAUAAAGGCAAUUUCAGUCUCUAUUUUUUAAAUCAAUCUAUCUCUAUCUGUGGUUUUGUGUAUAGGUAGAUGGACCCAUAGGAGAAUAUUAUAUUUGGUUUUCAGGUGAAGGCAAUAUAUUAAGUUUAAUACAUUUGCAUGCUUGGCUCUUCUCUUCAAAUUGAUUUAGGCUUGCAAUUGUGUGCCGUCGGUCUGAACUCCAGCUUCUUUUGCAGCCAACUUCCUUAUCAAUUAUAAAUCUGUAGACCUCACUUAUUGUCAGCAGCCAUCUUGCAGCCCGCUCGGAGCGGCGUGGCUGGUCGAGCGGUCGCAGCCGCGCUCCUCGGCGUACCUGGGAGGGGAGGUUUGCUGCGCCUUGCCGUGGUUUGUGCUUGCACCAGCCGCGCGUAGCAGGGUGCCGUGGGGACCGGGAGAGACGGACGCGGGCCGUUCCUGCCCUGGGACGGUGACACGGAGCUCUUCUGGGGGAUUUUCUUCAACAAGCCGGUUCGUGGUCUUUGGAAGUUAAUUUUCGGGUGAUUUGUUGAACUUUCGCAUUCCCGGGGAGGGCCUGGGUGUUGGGUGCCGCAGGUCAGAACUGUGGUGGCACAGCAGAAGCAUUUCCGUCUCUGGUGUUUCUCUGGGCAUGGAUGUUAAACCUAACAGCAAGAGAAGCCCUGCUCCCCUUCCCUGCAGCUUUUCCAGAAAGCAGACCCGUGUACUGCUCCAGCCUGCGUGUAACAGCGUGCGCUGGUUUUGCAGCAGAAAAUAUUUGCCGUAGUAAUGAGCAGUUCUGAGGAAUUCUGAGAGCCAUAUGGAGGCGCGGAGUACGACCCCGCUGCGCGUUCUGGGCGCCUGCUUCGUCGGGCUUUUACAGACAACACCGGACAAUGCUUAGCCCUAAGACAAAAAUUAAAGAAAACCUUCAAAAAGGAACACGAUAUUUAUUGAGAACAUGCGCAAAAUCAGGGAGAACUCUUUCAUAGCCGGGGUUUAUUUGCUGUUUCCCGGGGUUUGCUUUGGGGGAAUUUCGUUGUGUGUGACCCUACGGCUUGUGGGCACUUGGCAGUGAAACAACCUGCCCCACACGAGGUUGUCUCUGGGCUUGCUCUUGCUCUGUCUGUGGUCAGCGUAUGGUCAUUAAUGCUGGGGGGGGGGAUACAAGGAGAAACAUAUGGGUCUGGAUGCACAGAGUUUUUUCUUUAAGGGCACUUUCAUCAUCCCUUGAUUUUUGAAGGAAACUGAGGGCAAGAAGUACCUCCCAGAAAUCGCACAGCACCUUGCAGGCUGAGGGCCUCCGUCUCUUACGUGUGUUAUGCUUUAACGCUCUGAAAGCAACUUGCCUGCGCUCAAACGCGUGUGAAGGCGUCGAAAUGCAAGUGGAUGCCGUUUUCAGGGGGACAACGGACGGGGCAGGGAGAGGCUAGCCACGCUGAAAGCAGACGCUUGCUGUGCAAGGCCAGGGUCCGGCACGUGUGCGAAGGAAAGCAGGAGGCCCGUCCCCUCCGAGCGGGCAGGACGUGCCCCUCGCUUGAAGUCCAGCGGGUGCCGAAGUGCUCUCUGCGCCGCAUCCUUCACGCGGGGCGCUUCCCGAACACGGGAGCGGUGCCUGCCUCCCUGCCGGAGCGGAAGGAGCGCUCCUGCCCAGGCGCCGCGUGACCUGCGGAGGCACCGAACCGCAGCGCUGCGCCCAGUACGCCGUGGCAUAGCGGGAGCAAAACCGGGUGGUUAUUCUGAAAGCAUUGUCUAUUUUUCACUAGAUGUUUUCUAUAACAAUGUUUACAUUUCCAUGCCUACCUUGGUUAACUACGGAGGAGACAGAUAGCCUGCUAGGUGUGUUAUAUAUUGAGAAAGAUAUAUGUAGCCCUUGAAUGGCCUAUGUUUAGAGAAGGGAUGUUUGUAUCAGUUGUCAGGCCGUAUGAGGCAUUGUGUUGUUCCUAGAUAACUGAAAAUAUGGCUAGAAUGUAAAGGGAAAGAAAGCAACUAGCAGAAAUCGAAUAUUGUAAUGCCACAAAAGAAAGCUUAACUUGUUUUCUUGCUUUUUUUUUAGAGAACACCUGUUCCCAGCGCUGAAGCAUUCCGAUGGUUCUUUUAAGCAGUAGUGUAUCUUAUUUUCAAGGCAGUCCGAAGUGAAUGGCAAGCUAAAGUCUUGUUUUAAGAAACUGCUUAGUCCACCAUUGAAGAAUAUACUCAGAUACUAUUUUCAUUUAUGUAUAGGGGUUUCCUCAAAAACAAACCGCAAAAAUCUGGGAGCCUGGGGAAUUGGCCAGUUUAUUCACAUUCAGUACACUGAUUCUUUCUUUGAUGUAACUUAGCUAUACUAGUGAAGUUGUUGUCUAUUUUUAAAGUGGCUGUAAAAAAAAAAAAAAAGUUUGGGUAAACCCCUGCUAUAAAGUCAUGUAUCUUUGAAAAGUAACAUAUCUAUACUUCAUUUUCAAAUAUAUGUGUUUCAGUACUGUAAACUGUACAGAUAGCAGCUUGUAUUUUGUGUGUUUAGACACAAGGAGACAAUCAUGUCUGAGCAUCUAUGGAGAUUAACGGUUUGUACACAACGGUGUGGUUCUGCGAGUUAAAUCCGGAGCAAUAAAUUCUAGCUUUAAAUAUUAUUUUGCUAGUUGUUUAGCAGCAGCAGCAACAGCAGCACUGUUUUACCAUGCAUCCUUCCAUAGAGACUUGAUGCCAAGUUUUACACGAUAAAAAGAUUAUGAUGCAUCUAGCAAUUACCUUCCGUCGUGUUGGUGUAUGAGGGGAAGACAUAAAAUUUAAAAUUAAUCUUUCGAGCACGAUAUUAGAGUAGUGGUUUAUGCACUUGCAUUGCUUCCAAAAGAGCUUUACAGAAGGGUAUCCCUCCAAAAAUGCUGUAUGGUGUUUGGCUUGCUUUUGACUGUGCUGUAAGGUGGAGUGCACGGCAUUGGUGGACGUGCAAAUGAGCCGUCUAUGGAAAGUUUGUUCUAGGAUACAAAAUGAAAUAAGUACGAGACCUUAGGAAAAGUGAUGACUCAGUCAAAUUACCCUCCAUCUGUGAGUUCUUGUGUAAGGUUUUCCGUCAAUGGAGUAAAUAUUUUAUAACGUUGAAUGCAAUAUUUUUGUUCCACGUGGAGCUCUUCACAAUUAAGCGAGUUAAGAUGUUUAGACUGGCUUGGGUCUCACUUGCAGUUGUGCUCAUAUGAGAGCCUGGAUAUUUUGGGGAUAUAAAAAUUAACUCUCUUUUUUAAUUUACAAAGAAGGAGUGCUCCUUGCACACACGUCUUGGUCCACCGAUCUUGCCUUUGUUGAACCACUGGUCCCGUAGGUCCUCACGAGAAGGCUCUGCCAGUCUUCUUCCCGCCCUUGCUACGUAGAUAAAAUGUUUGCUCCUUGAGAAGGCAGUUGACGGAGGGAUAUAACUCACAUGUCAUAAAAGAUACGGAAGAUACUGAACUUAGGGAUACUUAAUACCAGUUGAUCACCACUUUUUAUUGCUUGGCUUCGUCAUACCACUCAUGAGUGAAAAGGCCUUCCCAUCGAAGUCAGAGAAUGCUGUUGUGCCAUGUAUUUGAUAUAUUUACUACUUCACACAAGAUAGGACUAUCAGUAGUUUCACAGACAAGGUGCUGAGCACGGAAAUACCUGGUUAACGAUGCGCAGAGCGUUCACACCUCACGUUAUUUCAGCCCUUUCUCCAUUCCCUGCUCGUUUUUCCCGUCCACGGGCCCGGGUGACCCUCGGGCCGGAUGGCUGGGAGCGCCGGGGUGCGCAGCGUGGGCUCCCGGGGCACGCCGGCUUUCGCCGGGCAGGGAGCCCGCCGGGCCGGCGGCUGGUGGGAACGGCCCACGGCCCCAGGCCAGGCACGGAGAGGAGAGACCUCCCGGGGUCGGACACGUGCCAGCCAGGCCAGGCACGGCGGAAGGGUCGGGGACAAGCACGGGGGAGCGCGGGCGGCCGGGCUGAGGCGUGCACCGACGUCCCGGGCUUCGGGCCCCCGCGCACGCCUACAUUUUUGCAUGGUAUGACGCCACGUGCUCGAUUUCAGCAAUGAAAUGUCACCUUCGAAAUGCCUCUGUCACGUUCCCCCUCUUACGGUUUGUAAGAGGUGGUCGGUCGAAUAACCAUACGAUAAGCUUUACCUCUGCUCAUCUGGCAGCUUUGUACGGACUUUCUUUUUGGUUUUGGGGACUUUUGGGUUAGGGCCUCUGCUGUUUCCUGCUGGACCGAUAAGAGCUCUGUAAGGUCUUCUCUACCAAAACGCUGAUCGAUUUAUAAACUGAAGCCUUAUUUGCACAUCCGGCCGGUAAGCUUGCCUUGCUUUUUGGAAAAUUGUGAUUGCUCUUACAGAAGUAGAGACAAAAUUAAGUUCAGGCUACAUUAGGUGUACAAAGAUAUUCAUAGCAAUGUACUUAACUGUCUAAUACCCUAAUGUUGCAUGUCUUGAUGUGGUUUCUUUUUUUGUUUCGUUGUUUUGUUUUAAAGAACUGAUGGAUCUGUAUAUUGUAAUUGUGGUGUUUUACAUGUCAAUUCAAAAUUGUUAAAAACAAACAAGCAAACCUGUUAAUUAUUAAAAACGAACAAGAGUUGAUUUUCCUUUGAUUUCCCCAUAUGGUUUUCAUUUGGGAUAUUGUUCCUUUACAUCAUCACAUUUUUAGAUUUUGGUAAAACGGUAUUUAUAUGAUGUAGUGCGCAUAGAGCAUUUUGAUUAGUGAUGUUUGAAGAAGGAAAUCCCUUUCUGGCCCCUCUCUCUCUCUUCCCCUCCCCUCCUCCCCACAUGUUAUAUACAUAUUUGUAAAUCAGAUUAUUGUCAAGUUCUAACUACCAAAUUUGUUCUUUUCACGAGGUCCAGAAAUAUUUUCCGGUAUGAAAAUUUGUAUUCCUCUGUGUCUUUCGUUCUCACAAUGCAAAAUAAAAAAAUGCAGAGCAUAAUCUUGCAGUCGUCUAGGCAUGAGCACUAAGCCUAGCAGAAGCAUUUUUGUCAUACCCCAGAUAAACUUAUGGAAAACAGUAAGGCUGAAAGGGAGGCGCACGUUCACGUUGCGGGAAUUAAUAACAGACCCUCCCUAGGAGAAGAAAUACUCCCUUUCUGUACAGAACCCCUGGUAUGUCAGUCAUGCAAUUAAUGUUAAAGAAUAUGAAGUCUUCAAAUGGGCUGCAUCUGUAAUCAAAUAAUGAAGAAAGAAAGUAGUUAAAUGAACAUACCAUUCAGGGUCGGAUACAUUCAGCAAAAAGCAGUAGUGGGUCUUUGAUCAUGGUUAGAUGCAUAGUGAUAUCAAACAGUGGGUUCUCAUGUAACAGCUAAAUGUUUCAGAUUUUGUUUUUAUUAAAUUUGGCAGUUUCACGCUGAGCUCCACUGUAUUCUUAGUGAAUAAAAGACAGCUCCUGUGUUACAAAGUACUCCAUUUUCACAAUUGCAGGGAACUAAGAGGUUUUUUCCAGAAACGCGGGCCACAGAAAUGUACUCCUUUCACAGUGUUCUCCUAUUUCUGAACUGUGCAGUUAUCUAUUAAAUUUUCUAAUAGAUAUUUGUGUAAGGUGUAUGUAUGCUUGUGCAAUUAUGGAAAAAAAACAGUUUUGGAAAACAGUGUAUUUAUUAAAAAAUAAUCACUUAUGGGGCAUGUACAAAACUGUAUAAAAACAUUCGAUUUGCCCAGUAAAGUUGUUUUUGUGAUAUUUCUGUGUUGUUGAAUAAAGGACUUUAGUAUUCAAAAUA